AGGUCUAGCAACGCCCCUGGUUUCAUCUCAAGGCCAAAUAUGAAAUUUUCCCUGCCCGACUACUCCAGUGAAGACGAUGACAAUCGGAAUCUCCCCCCGCCUCCAAAAAUCCCAAGAGCACCAGCAAAAAAAAAAAACUAUUCCAAAUUCAGAGUUGACCACCGUUACUGCUCUGCCAGUAGCACCACCGCUCUUCCGCUCCAGCCAUGCCGCAUACAGUGAGCCUGGCAGAAGACAUUGUGGAGAAUUGACAGGUCCGACCUUUAUUUUGCCGCCUCCACCACAGCACCCAGCAACAUUUUUCAACUCCAUCGAUGCCGAGUUGACCACCGUUACUGCUCUGCCAGUAGCACCACCGCUCUUCCGCUCCAGCCAUGCCGAGUUAACAAGUCAGACCACCACUCCUCCGUCAACUUCGCCCACAUCUCUGCCAGUACCACCCCAGCAAGAUUUUUACAGACUUGUUCUGCAGCACCUCCGCACAAUUGAGGAGGAGCUGAAGGAGGUGAAGCAGCAGGUGGCGGUCAACACAGCCAUGAUACAGAGACUAGGUGGUGGUGGUGUGGCAGAUCUCGGCCUUGUGGAAGACACCAACAUGCCAUUGAGCAAUGCCGAGGACCUGGACGAGCUGGAGAGGCGGCUUAUAUCUGAUGUGGACCUAAAAAAUCAACUGGUGAACAUACUUGCUAUUUUGGGAGGGAAAACCACCAAAGACGCAGUGAAGAGGAUGCUGGGCCGGGCUUUCAGGAGGUCCCUGGCGCUCCAAAUUAAUUGGACUGGCGCAGCUGGAAAGAUCGCUUUCAAGUCCCUAAACCUGAAGAGUGUGUUGCACAGAGCCGUUCGGAGAGUGGUAACCACAGCCACUGAAGAGGAGCUUCAAAAAGAAGUCUCCCUGUAUUUGAAGGGGGCGGCUGACAGGGAGGGAGGGAGAAAAGACAGAAAAGGGUGGUGA